AUGGAACCUCAACAACAACAACAACAACAACAACAACCAAAUAACGAGGAUGGCGGCAGUGGGAAAGGGGGAUUCCUAUGCAGGCCAAGCAGUACACGCUGGACUCCAACAACUGACCAGAUAAGAAUUCUAAAGGACCUUUACUACAACAAUGGAGUUAGGUCCCCAAGUGCUGAGCAGAUUCAGAGGAUCUCCGCUAGGCUCAGACAAUACGGAAAGAUUGAAGGAAAGAACGUUUUUUAUUGGUUUCAGAACCACAAAGCUCGUGAAAGGCAGAAGAAAAGGUUCAACGUCUCUGAUGUCCCCAUGCAAAAAGGACUCACUCCUACUGCUGCUUGGAAACCUGAAGAAUCCCUCCACACCAACUACUCCUUGCCCAACAUAUCUCCUGGGGUUGCUGCUUCAUCUUCUUCACCUGGGGUGAUUCCCUUGGGGCAGAUGGGGAACUGUGGAUAUGGAUCUCUGACCAUGGAGAAGAGCUUUAGGGACUGCUCAAUAUCAAGUGGUGUUGGUGGAUCCAUUAGCCACAACUUUGGAUGGGUAGGGGUUGAUCCCUAUUCUUCAUCCUACACUGAUCUCUUUGACAAGAGAAGAUCAAUGGAAGAGAAGUAUUUAGGAAGAGAAGAAGAAGAAGAAGAAGACGAAGAAGAAGAAGAAGCUGCUCCAGAGAUAGAAACCCUCCCACUGUUCCCCAUGCAUGGUGAUGGCGACAUCAAUGGCUUCUACAACAUGAAGCCUUCAUCCGGCGGUUACUACACCGGCUGGUAUCGGUCCGGCGAUGAUGGCAACACCGGUUCUCGGACUUCCCUCGAGCUUAGCCUCAACUCCUACUCUCGCAGAGAUCUUAAUUAA